ACAUUAUCAAAGACAAAUAGCUAGAGAAAUGUCACAGAGACGAGUUUGUGAAAUGCAGUAUAAGCUUCCCGUCCCGCAAGAACGAUUCUGGGACUGUUUUUUUGGCACUUCGACUCGGAUGUCUAAUAAAAAACUUAGAGACGUUAACCCAUCUGUUCACUGGACUCUAAUGGAAAUUGAGUCAGUGGAUCACCAGACGAAAACCAUGAAGCAACGGUUCGUCAAACCUGAAUUCGUUGAAGGCUAUAAGUUGAUUGCAGCAACUACAAAAGUUAUUGACGACGAGCCCAGUGGCUUGAAUUGCCUCAUAGACAUCACUACGGAGUACGAAAAGAGUGGCCUUGAGAUCAAAGACCUUGAAGAAGUCCAACUCCUUGUGGGGAAUAUUGAGGUAAUGUGUUUUCUUUGCCGUGUUGGUGACAAUAUUCCCAUGCCGUGCGUCUUAAAUAAUGGCACCGGCCCGUUAAAUCAAUCCAUGCCAUAAUCGAAGGAGGGUUCAUCUAACCCGCCCCCAAAAUAUAUAUGUGUGAGUGAGUAUUGUAUCCUCUAGGGUCAUGUCCCAUGACUUGCAUUAUCUCUAAAUAAAGUUGUUACGUAUUAUAUGCA